AUGUUGUACUCACAGGUCGUUUCCGUGUUGGCUUUCGCUGCCUCAGCCAUCGCCGCACCCAGUGGCGAUGUCCAGAAGCGCGCGCAGACGGUAUACCUCGCUGGAGACUCGACCAUGGCUAGGGGAAGUGGUGCUUACACCGGUUGGGGUGUAUACUUCCCAUUGUCCGUAUCCCUCACCGUCGUCAACAAGGCCAUCGGUGGCCGUAGCUCGCGCUCCUACACCCGCGAAGGUCGCUUCGACGAGAUCAUCAACCUCGUAAAGCCCAACGACAUCGUCAUCAUCGAAUUCGGACACAACGAUGGAGGAUCCCUGUCAUCCUCCGACAAUGGCCGCUCAGUCUGUGGUGGAGCUGGGUCGGAAACAUGCCAGACGACCUACAACGGUGUCAAGGAGACUGUUCACACUUUCCCGUGGUACCUGACCGAGGCCGGCAAGAAGAUUAUUGCCAAGGGCGGCAAGGUCAUCAUGUCGAGCCAGACACCCAACAACCCAUGGGAAGGUGGCACUUUCGCGUACACGGAUGGUGGCAGGUUCGUCGGAUAUGCGAGGGACGUGGCCAAGGCGCUGGGAAGCAAUGCCAUGUACGUCGACCACGGCGCGUACACCGCAAACUACAUGAAGGGCAUUGGCAAGGCGGCGACCGACAAGCUGUUCCCUGUGGACCACACACACACCAGCGCUACAGGUGCUGAUCUGGUGUCCAAGGCGUUUGUCAAGGGACUACAAUGUGGUGGCGGUGGUUUCUUGAAGGGCUUCGUCAAGAACGAGACUGCUUCGAUUCCCGGAACAUGCCUUUGA